ACUCUCCGCCGUCCGUUCCGUUCACUGGAGAUCCUUUCCUUCCUUCCGGCCUCAUCCACCAGACCACCACCACCACCCUCGUCGUCUCCUCCUCCCCCCACUCCCGUCCCGUCUCCUUUCUUUAAUCAAAACCAUCCUCUCCUCUCCCAAAAAUCCCAAUCCCCACUAAUCCCACCGCUGAUCCCUUUCCCAAAUGCUACUAACUAUGAACACCGGCCGCGGCCUCUCCACGCCCAAUCGCUCCUUUCCCUGCGGCGGUUCAUCUUCUUCUCCUUCUCGGGCCACCGUACGGAUUUGGUCGUCGUCGCGACUCGGUCCAAUUUGACCGCCUCUCCACCUGUCGUGGCUAGCUGCUUGCUAGUGCCCGGUGCUCGAGCUGUUGGUUUCUUGGUUACCGGCGUUCUUGCUUUGCUUUGGGGAUUAUUGGAAUCAUACUUAUCCAGUUCUUCGCUCUACAUGGGAAUAAGUCUGUCUAUCUGAACUGUCUGGUGAGCACAAUUUUAGCGGUAACAAAAUUCUCACUUUGGUGACUGCUGCAAUGAGCCAAUGACAUUCUUCAAAAAUAUGUGAAGAAGAUGUUUAAGAAAAUCUAAAUAGGUCUGACGCCAGAUAGUGGUUAUGGUACAUUAAUCAGAACAGUUUGAGCCAAAACAAGAGCAUGAGAAAAAAUAUUUUUUAACUGGAUCCCAGAGCCUUCAAUGAUAUGGAGACUUCAUCACAUGAUCCUGAAGCAGAAAACAUAAUUGGACAUGAAGAUGAUACAGAAUUCACACCUUGCGAAGGGAUGGAAUUUGAGUCCGAAGAUGCUGCGAGGGAUUUUUACAGCAUAUAUGCAAGAAAUGCAGGUUUCCGAAUUCGGAUCAGCAGGUAUACUCGCUCCAGACGUGAUAAUUCAAUCAUUUCUCGUCGUAUUGUAUGCUCAAAGGAGGGAUUUCAUGAAACUCGUAAUGGUGAAGGCUCCCAUGCUGACCAAAAACAGCAAGAACGGACAGGUACUAGAGUUGGUUGCAAGGCUAUGAUUAUGAUUAAGAAAAUUGGUCCAAGCAAAUGGGUAGUUACCAAAUUUGUAAAGAACCAUAAUCAUGGAGCAGUUCCACCAAAAAAAACUGAUGUUAGGUCAGUAGAUCAGGACCCCAGUCCAAUGGAAAAGCCAAAUUCUAUUGAUGUGGAUCCUAUUGAGGAGCCGGUUGAGGGUAUGGAAUUUGACACUGAAGAAGCUGCAAAAUCGUUCUAUAUAAAUUAUGCGAGUCUUAAUGGUUUCCGUGCACGUAUUAGCAGGUAUUGCCGUUCAAGGCGCGAUAAUUCAAUCAUAUCUCGUCAGAUUGUGUGCUCCAAGGAAGGCUUUCGUGAGGUUCGACCGAAGAAAGAGAUGACAGAUGAAGGAAAAACAAAGCGCCCAAGAAUGAUAACUAGAGUUGGUUGCAAAGCUAUGAUUGUAGUGAAAAAGAUGAACUCUGGAAAAUGGAUGGUUUCUAAAUUUGAGAAGGAGCAUAACCAUUCGUUGUUGUCUUCCAAACCAGUCCAUUGUACAUCUAACAUUACUUCUGGAGAAGUUGGUGAAUUUGCUGCAAAGAGUUCAGAUCCUACUGAAAUGAAGUUUGAGGAAUAUAGUGCAGGAGUUCAAUGUAAUUCUACAGAUUCACUGACUGUACUUUACAACAAUUUAUGUCAGGAGGCCAUGAAAUUCGCAAAAGAAGGGUCAGUCACUGAAGAAAUUUACCAUGUGGCAGUAUCUGCCUUGAAAGAGGCUACUGAGAAGGUUGCUCAAGUCAAAAGGUGUCAUCCAAUGAUGCCACAACGUGUAGUUUCUGUUAGUGAAAACAAACAUAAGGUCCUAUAUAUGAAAACUAUGUAUGCUUCACAAUGUUCAGAUGAGGUCAAACAGAAAAUAGCGCCUUCACAGCUCAAGCUUUUUCAAGAGCCUACCUCCAAUCCAGUGCUUAUACCUACCAACCUUGUGACUGAUUCAGGCUUAUCUAAUUCUGAUGACAAUUCUCCGUUCUCACGUGCUUUCCCCACAAAUGAGGGGCACGGCAGGGAUGGGUCAGAAUGUUCUUAUUUGCACUCUGAGAACAAAUAUGAUGACUCUUCCAAGAAAUAUCAGAAUAGCAGUUCAAAUCAAGCCACUCAGGGAAAGCAUGAAAGUUUUCAUGGACCUUCUGAAGAAACUACGGUUGCUAUUCCUGCAAUACCUCUCACUCUGUACAUGCCUGUGAUGAGGAACUCACCUGGAGCUUCUGCUGAUGGACUGUACAAAGUAUUGGCUGCACCUAUUGAAGCAGUUCCUAUUUCAUACCGUCCUGCCGAACCGAUCAGACAACCAGAAAGAAAUUUUUGUAAUUUAGGUCCAUUGCCAGGUGUUCUGUCUGCACUGAACAGGCGAGGUAAUGGUCCAAACCCCCUGGUGCAUGCUACAGCUCUUGCAUGUGGUGCUCGCGUUGUUCCUCUUGAGGAGGCAGCUUCCUUGAUCAAAGUCAUUGAGUCCAAGAUCAGAUCUGGAGAGGCCACGAUAGCAAGAUUACCUUCAAGCAGCCUGAUGCCUCUAGUUCCCGAGGCAGUCUCCAUGUCAUCUUCUAGUGAAGAUGAUGAGGAGAAUGACCACGGUGAGCCCCUGAUGGGGAAUGCCAAAGUCAACUGCCACAAUGAUCAGAGCUCUGAGGAAAUGAAGUUGCAAGGGGAGCAAUCAGAGUUGGAAACUGAAUCUGAGAAUUGUUCUCCACAUCCUGAAAAAUGAAAGCCAUGAUACCGCUGAUUGCUGACGGAUGAGAAUCAAAGGACAAAAGCUAUCUGAAGAUCAAAGCUACCCUGCAAGAUAAUAAAUUCAUACGAUGAUCUAGAAUAUUUGUGCAUAAUUGAAUUAGGAUUCUAACCACAUGUCUCACUUCGUUUAAGAUUGUGGGUUAACUCAAAUAGUUAACUCCAUUGAAGGGAUUGUAAGAAGAGGACCACCCUUACAAGGUUGGUGGAUAAUCUGUACAUGUACUACUAUAGAAAUCAAAGAUAAAAAAUAUCCAUACUCCAAUUAAUUGUAUCUAUCUGAAGAGAAACUUUUAGCUA